AUGGCGAAACUAUCAGAGUUUGAGGAAAAGGGUUCAGGGUGGGCUUUUGAAAAAAUAAUAUCGUUGGAGGUUAAUAUUAACAAAUAUGAAAUCGGGAAUGGGGCUUCAUCCUUCAUUAAGCUACCGGAUCAAAUCCGAAAUAAAAACGCGUGUAUCAAUGUAAAAAACAAUGAUGAAGCUUGCUUUUUUUGGAGUAUAGUUUCAGCGCUGUAUCCUGCAAAAGCGAGUUCUGAUCGGACUAGUUCGUAUCCACAUUACACAACUGUCUUAAAUGUUGAUGGUUUGGAAACACCAAUGACUAUUGGAGGCAUUUCGAAAUUUGAGAAACAAAAUGGUAUCUCUGUAAACGUUUAUGGACUGGAAAUGAAUGUCGCUAAAGAAAAAACAUUUUACGUAACAAUACCGUUAAGGUUGUGUAAAAUUAAAUUAGCUAGACAUGUAAAUUUGCUGAUGGUACAAGAUAAAUAUUUUCCAAAAUUAAACGAUUAUGAGGCGCCUAUUGAGGAUGAUGAAAUUGUAGAUAUCAAAUACCAUUAUUGCAUGAUAAAGAAUCUGUCUCGGCUUUUAUCUAGUCAAACAAGCAAUCAUAAACGUAAAAUAUUUGUAUGCGAUAGAUGUCUAAAUUAUUUUAGAAGUUUUGACAGACUAAAUGAUCAUGCAAAAUAUUGUGAGAGAAUCAACGACUGCAAAGUUUCAUUUCCACCAUAUCAACAUGUUGAAUUUAAAAAUCAUGUGUAUAUGCAGACAACGCCUUUUGUUGUCUAUGCAGACUUUGAAGCAAUGCUACAAAAAAUUAAAAAUGGACCGCUUAAAAGUAAAACAAUUAAACAUCAGGAGCAUAAAGCCUUUAGCGCCGGGUAUUAUGUCAAAUGUUCUUAUCGAAGCUACGCAGGUACGGACUGUCUAGACUGGUUUGCCAAGGAAAUGUCUGAUUUGGCAAUGUUUGUACAUGGAAAGAUAAAGCAUAUUGAGCCCAUGAAUAUUAAACCAAACACUAAUGGAGCAACUGAUUGUCAUAUUUGUGAGAAGCGCUUUACACCCACAGAUACAAUUGUGGUUGAUCAUGACCAUUUUAACGGGCAAGGGUAUUUUUUAAGUAUCAGCCUACUCCCAAUAAACAAGGAAAGGUAUAUUUCCUUUACUCUGAACGAAACCGAAUCCAAAGUUAAGUUGAGAUUCGUUGAUUCAUUGAGAUUUUUGAAUUCCUCACUAGAUAAACUGGCAACCACAUUAAAUACAGAAGAUUUAAGGUACUUGGCUCGAGAAUUUCCAAAUGCCGCUCCUGAACAAAUAGAGCUAUUGAGAAGAAAAGGCGUUUUCCCAUAUGAAUACAUUGAUUCUAUGGAUAGGUUAAAGGAAACUCAACUCCCAUCUAUUGAUAAAUUUUAUAGUUCGCUAACAGAUGAAAACAUCUCUAAAGAUAUGUACCACCAUGCGCAAAACGUUUGGCAAUCAUUUGAUAUUAAAAAUAUUUUGGAAUCUAGCUUGUUAUACAUGAAGACCGAUAUAAUGUUGUUAACCUGCAUCUUUGAAAAUUUCCGACAAAAAUGCCGAGGUACAUACGGUCUUGAUCCUGCCUGGUACUACACUAUGCCAGGUUUUUCGUGGGAUGCCAUGCUUAAAUAUACAGGUUGCAAAUUUGAGUUGCUGCAGGAUAUCGAUAAAAUCAUGUUUAUCGAAAAAUCUAUUCGAGGUGGAAUUAGUCAAGUGAGUAAUCGAUACUCGGAAGCUAAUAACAAAUAUAUGCCAUCUUACGACUCCUCAAAGCCCAGCAAGUAUGUGGUCUAUUUAGAUGUCAAUAAUCUUUACGGCUGGGCAAUGUCCCAGUGUUUACCAUAUGCAAAGUUUGAGUGGGUGGACACUAACAUCGAUGUUCUUAGUAUUCUUGACGAUGGUUAUACAGGGUACAUACUACAGGUUGACUUGGAGUACCCCGAACACUUGCAUGAUUUACACAAAGAUUUUCCAUUUUGUUGCGAACAUCAAGUUCCACCGGGAUCUAAUUUUAAGAAGCUUAUGACUACGCUCCAUAAUAAAACGGAGUACACUUUGCAUUACCGUAACCUCAAACAAGCUCUCAAUGCAGGGCUGAAACUAACAAAAAUUCAUAAAGUUUUGAAAUUCCAACAAAGCGCCUGGCUCAAACCAUAUAUCGAUCUUAAUACAAAAUUACGAACUGCAGCAACAACGGCAUUUGAGAAAGACUUAUACAAAUUAGCUAACAAUGCUAUAUUCGGUAAAACAAUGGAGAACAUACGCAAACACCGCAUAGUAAAGCUUGUUUCUAAGUGGGAGGGGAGAUAUGGAGCCAAAAAUUUAAUUUCCAGCCCUCGAUUUCACAACAGAACAAUUUUUGAUGAAAAUCUAAUGGCAAUCGAGCUAAAUAAAACAAAUCUAACAUUCAACAAACCAUUGUACAUCGGAAUGUCUAUUCUAGACAUAUCUAAAGUCUGCAUGUAUGAUUUUCAUUAUAAUUUCAUGCUACCAACUAUUGGAAUUGAAAAUUUAAAGCUGAUGUAUGGGGAUACAGAUAGUUUUGUCUAUGAAGUAACAUGUGAUGACGUUUACAGGGAUGUCAUUCAAACAAAUCUAUCUAAAUUCGACACAUCGGACUAUGCCGAGGAUAACCCCUAUAACAUGUUACAAGUCCAUAAAAAAGUGCUUGGCUUAAUGAAGGAUGAGGCUAAUGGGCGCAUCAUUACUCAUUUUGUAGGACUUAGAUCGAAAAUGUACUCGUUUAAACUGCAAUACACAAACGAGGAGCGGCAGACCGUGUGGCAAAAAUACAAGAAUACCAUGGAUGAUGCUGCUAUUGAAAAAAUUGUAAAUAACUUGGGUGUUACGAAAAAAUCUAAAGGAGUUAAGUAUUCGGUAGUAAAAAAUGCUAUUACGUUUGAGGAUUACGUGGAGUGUCUAAAAGAAUUUACCACAAAAAGCGUUACACAAUCAACAUUUCGUUCCUACGCACACAACAUGUUUACAAUUACACAAAAAAAUUGCAUUAAGUCCACACGACGACAAACGGUGUUUGCAAAAAGACUCAUAUGA